AUGAAGAUCAAGGUCGCAGCUCGUCAUAUUUCGUACCGCACGUUGUUCCACACUAUCCUGAUCCUUGCCUUUUUGUUGCCGUUUGUGUUCAUUCUGACAGCCCUUGUCACCCUUGAAGGUGUCAACAAGUGCUCCUCGAUAGAUUGCUUAGGACGACGCUUGGGGCCAAAGUUUCUUGGUAGAAGCGAUGAUUCUGGGAGGCUGGUCAAGGACUUUGUUAAGAUCCUGAAUCAAGCAAACUCUGAGAAAGUCCCGGAUGGCCUGAAGCUCCCGGACUCUUUUAAUCAGCUUGUUUCUGAUAUGAAAAACAAUAAGUACAAUUCAAAGGAGUUUGCUCUAAUUUUGAAAGGAAUGAUGGAGAGGUCAGAAAGGGAAAUCCGGGAGUCCAAGUUCUCCGAGCUAAUGAAUAAACAUUUUGCAGCUAGUGCGAUCCCGAAGGGCAUUCACUGUCUCUCAUUGAGAUUAACCGAUGAAUAUUCUUCCAAUGCCCAUGCACGCAAGCAGCUACCUUCUCCAGAGUUUCUUCCUUUGCUUUCUGAUAACUCCUACCAUCACUUUGUGUUGUCAACGGACAACAUUCUUGCGGCUUCAGUUGUUGUGACAUCGGCUGUUCAGUCAUCCGCCGCCCCUGAAAAGAUUGUUUUCCAUGUCAUAACUGACAAGAAAACUUAUGCAGGCAUGCAUUCAUGGUUCGCCCUGCAUCCCGUGCCUCCUGCUAUAGUUGAGGUGAAAGGUGUGCAUCAAUUUGAUUGGUUAACAAGAGAGAAUGUCCCCGUCCUUGAAGCCGUGGAGAGCCACUAUGGGAUUAGGAAUUAUUACCAUGGGAAUCACAUUGCCGGGGCCAAUCUAAGUGAUACAACCCCACGAACAUUUGCCUCUAAGUUGCAGGCUAGGAGUCCAAAGUAUAUCUCGUUGCUCAACCAUCUUCGUAUAUAUCUUCCUGAGCUAUUCCCAAAUCUUGAAAAAGUGGUUUUCCUAGACGAUGAUGUGGUAAUCCAACGAGAUUUGUCUCCUCUCUGGGAGAUUGACCUUAACGGAAAAGUAAAUGGGGCUGUCGAGACUUGCAGAGGUGAAGAUGAGUGGGUUAUGUCCAAGAGAUUCAGGACCUAUUUCAACUUCUCUCACCCACUUAUAUCGAAAAACUUGAAUCCUGAUGAAUGUGCAUGGGCAUAUGGGAUGAAUAUAUUCGACUUGCAGGCAUGGCGAAAGACAAAUAUUAGAGAUACGUAUCACUCAUGGCUCAAGGAGAAUCUGAAGUCAAACCUCACAUUAUGGAAGCUCGGGACUCUACCUCCGGCUUUAAUAGCAUUUAAAGGCCACGUUCACCCUAUAGAUCCCUCGUGGCACAUGCUUGGGUUGGGCUAUCAGAAUAAAACCAGCAUUGAAAACGUGAAGAAGGCAGCUGUGAUUCACUAUAACGGUCAAUCCAAACCGUGGUUGGAGAUUGGUUUCGAGCAUCUGAGGCCUUUCUGGACCAAGUACGUAAAUUACUCGAGUGAUUUCAUAAGGAAUUGUCACAUCCUGGAGUAG